AUGAUUACACGGUUGGAAGAUCUCUGUAAUGAAAUAUUACUCGAUAUAUUUGAUUAUGCGGAUGCUCGAGAUGUGUAUCGAGGUUUUUGGAAUUUGAAUUCUCGUUUGAACAAACUACUUGCUUCGAUUGAUUAUUUUUCGCUGGUUGUCGAUCAUGACGAAAAUAAUGAAACGAUUGCUUUAUUAGGCCCGCAUAUUGGCCAGUUGAUAAUUAACUCAUGGGAGGAAAUUGAUCUGGAAAGAUUUUCGAAUUUAUUUUCAUUAAUGUUAACUCGCCCGUCAGCGAGACAGUUAAAGCAAAUUCGAGCUGAUACGAUGUCAAAACUAAGGUAUAUUUCAUUAUGUUCAAAUAUGUACCUAUCUCUACCGAAUCAACUUGCCCACGAUAUAUUCUCCAGUCGAUUUUCUCGUCUCCGAUGGGCUCGAUUAGGUCAUAUUGAUACGCUCAACUCAUUUCAAUGGUCUCAGUCGUUAUCACUUCGUCAUCUUCAAGUUGACUGUUCACAUACGACCAUGAUUCCAUAUAUUCUCAUGUUGUGUCCGAAUCUGAGUCAUCUACAUGUCGACUUCCUACGACAAGGCGAGAGAAUUUCUCCUUCACCAUCAGCAAUCUCUAAUCAUCCACUUCGUCGAUUUAUCCUACGAGAUUAUUGUCGUGUAGUAUCUUACGAUGAUAUUGAAACGCUGAUUCGCCUUAUUCCAAAUACAGAAAAGAUUGAAUUGAGAUUCUUAUGUAAGACUCCAUUUAUGACUCUAAUUCAAUACCUUUGUUCACAUCUGCAUCGAUUGCAGCGAUUCGACUGUGACAUAACUGAAUGUCCUAUUAGUGCAACAAAUUUGGCCACCAUUAGACAAGUUCAUCCAUGCUUCCAAUCUAUUGAAUGUCGAACAUCCGGUGUAGAUUUCCGAAUAUUUUCUACAAAAACGUGA